AUGCCUCCAAAGCAUAAACGUACCCACAACUCAAGACCAACAAAGGUUGCCGAUAACAGUUCCAAGUUAAAUACCGGGCGCAGGUCGACUCGUGCUUCAUCUGGGACAAAGAACGCACCGGCCCCUGAGCCCAUUCUCCGGGCUACACCUCAAAGGCUGAGCCAAGCCAACUUGGACACACCUUUCCGUCAGUCAACUGCUGGCACCAUUCGUACGUCCCCCAAGUCCUACCGCGCUUCCUACGCUGCUCAGAAAAACAAACCAUCAACCGCCGAGCCCAAGUCACAGAAGCAGAACACGAUGGAUAUUGAAAUUGAGCGUGAGCUGCGUGGCGCAAUAUUCAAGGACCCGAAAUUUAUCGACCAUUUUCUGUCUGGCGAUGAUGCGAAACUUGAUAGCAUCCUUCAGUCUUGCCGCGAAAACAAGAGCCAAUUCAAACGCGGCAAAUGGUCAUUCCCGAGACUGAUCUCUCACGAGAACAAGCUAUACAAGCCUGUGCUGGAUGUACUGAACACAAUAAAAAACGCAGUGGAUCAAGUACAUGGACCUCCCCUCGACUUGGUUCCUAGAUCCAACAACAGACCGGCAACAGUUCCAAUCAUCGAUAAUCACAAGUAUCCCAUUUCCUCCGACCUUGCCAAUACCGAGAAUAUCAAGCCAGACCUUGUGCUAUUUCAAGACGAGCAGCGUCACUGGGAGAACGUCCGCAUGCCCAUUGAGGUCAAGAGGUUGGCUCAACACCACAAAGGCGGCAUCAAGCAACUGUGUCGGUAUGCUCGAGCCAUGUUUGUCCACCAGCUACACCGUCGUCACUUAUAUGCAUUGCUGAUCUGCGGUCAUCAUGCAACGUUUGUGCGGUUCGACCGGGCUGGAGUGCUGUACUCAGGUUCUAUCAACAUGAUAGAGCAGUCGGACACGUUCACGCGUGCAUUUGCGUCCCUAUUGAUGUUAGACCGGGUUGACGAGGGGCUGGAUCCAGCAUUCACGUUUGAACGCAACAAGGCUGGGCGCCUGACUUACUAUAUUGACCUACCGGAGUCGGAGCUCGACAGGCAUUCAGCAGGCUCACUACACAGCAAGAACAAGGGCCCAAUAUCCGCAAUUAUGGAUCGUCUGCAGCGGUUCAAGGUGAUCAAACUACUAUGCCACCGACAAUGCAUCCGAGGCCGCGCAACAAUCGUACUGCAUAUACAAGAAGUACUCAAGUUCGACCAACAAGCAGGCGCAAACCCAGGCCGCAAGGCCAAACAAAAGGCAACAAAGAAAGUUGAGCCUCGAGAGUAUGCGCUCAAGCUUAUGUGGCGCGACGCAGAACGCACUCCAGAAGGCGAUGUGCUAGAGGAAGUCCACGGAAUGUUUGGGCUUCCCCAGCACUCUGGUCACUGGGAUGUAUAUAUACCUGGCAAGUGUCGAUGUGAAAAACAAGCCGAGGGUCGGUGCAAGGAGGCGAAGUGCGUGGACACAACAGUUGAAGUGGAUGGGCUAGAGGUGUGUGACAGGAUGCAGGACAUUGACAUACUAGUGCUAGAUGAAGAAAAUGGCGAAGAGCCUGAGGAGGUGAACACAACGGAGCAUCAUUCGACUCCAUUUGUGCGAUCCUUGCGCAUAUACUCGUAUGCACUUAUGCUGAUCGUUGGAGUUGCGCUAUGCAAGGCAAAGUUUCCAGAGCAUUUCAUGACCGUCAUUCUGGAUGCAAUGAUAGGCUACUGGGGGAUGUACAACCUUGGAAUCAUACAUCGAGAUGUGAGCGAUGGCAAUGUGAUGAUAGUGAAGAAGGGACAGGUGUUUGCUGAGAGGAAGUGGCGGGAACAGACAGAGCUGCCCGUGGCUCCGGAACUAGCUGACUCGGAGAAGAAACUGCGUCAAGUACUGCAGGAUCUUGGGCGCCGCGACCCAAUGGGGCUACUUUCGGACUUCGACCUGCAUGCGCGACACUCUCCGCCUUCAGGAAAGGCAAACUCAGGCCCACUAACUCCUAGAAAGCAAAAUGGGAAGGUCAUUCGACCGCGCGAUGAAGACACAGCCAAUGUAAGUGGAAGGAAGCGCCGCAAGAAUAACUUGGGCCAGGGUGUGCAUAUCAAAGCAACAAGUGAGAAAGAUGGCCAUCAAGGCAAAUGCAUAAGAAACAGGGUGGUAGAUUAUCGAACAGGCACUCCAGCAUUCAUGGCUACCAGUGUUCUUUCCGUGCAAGCUGGUGAACGCUAUCAUCAUAGCUUUGUUUAUGACCUCGAGUCGUUCUUCUGGGUUAUCUUCUGGUCUGUUGCUGCUCACCUGGACAAGAGGGGCGAUAAUCCAACUGCGGGCGCACAAGUGGUGCUUAACAAGAUGAACCAGGACGAAUUCAGCUCGAUUGCAGAAUGGAAAACCACACAACUUCAUUAUUGCGCACAUAACCAAAGCGAACUUAUAAAGAUCCUAAAAGGGUUUGGUAAUGGGUGGGGAUCAAGCCUCAUCUUCCAAAAUGUGAUCCUUGGUCUUGGUCGCUUUUUUUUCAGCGCUUUAAAUCCAGAGACUUGUCAAAAACUCGAAACCUCACCCGGUACUACUUUCCUUGCUGUCGUGAGCAUUAUCCAAAACGCACUCAAGGGCGAAACCGAUCCCGAGGUGUAA